GGAUUGUGGGAAUCGGAGACACUGCCCAGGCUUGUUUUAUUGGAGCUGCAGGAGACAGUAGACAUAUUGCUGUGCUUUAUUCUACCUACAAUUUCAGACUGGCAACAGCACUAUGUCUAGCCGAGGAGGAAAGAAGAAGACUACAAAGACAUCUCGGUCUGCGAAGGCUGGGGUUAUUUUCCCUGUGGGCAGAAUGCUGCGCUACAUUAAGAAGGGGCACCCCAAAUAUAGGAUUGGAGUAGGAGCCCCAGUUUACAUGGCAGCAGUCCUGGAAUACCUAACUGCUGAAAUCUUGGAGCUAGCUGGGAAUGCUGCCCGGGAUAACAAAAAAGGACGGGUCACUCCCAGGCAUAUCCUGUUGGCUAUCGCAAAUGAUGAAGAACUCAACCAGCUGCUGAAGGGAGUAACAAUAGCUGCGGGGGGCGUUCUGCCUAAUAUUCAUCCAGAGCUGUUGGCUAAAAAGCGAGGAUCCAAGGGGAAACUGGAAGCCAUCAUAACCCCGCCUCCAGUCAAGAAAUCUAAGUCUUCUCCUGUGAAGAAAUCGACAGCAAAGAAGGCAGGGGGCAGAAAGGGAGCCGGGAAGUCCAAGAAGAAACAGGGCGAGGUGAGCAAAGCAGCCAGCGCAGACAGCACUACUGAAGGCACUCCUGCAGAUGGGUUCACCAUCCUGUCCACCAAGAGCCUCUUCCUAGGACAAAAGCUGAACCUUAUUCACAGUGAAAUCAGUAACUUGGCUGGCUUUGACGUGGAGGGUAUAAUCAAUCCCACCAAUGCUGACAUUGACCUUAAAGAUGAUCUAGGUAAUGCCCUGGAGAAGAAAGGAGGCAAGGAGUUCACGGAGGCCAUCAGCGAGCUGCGCAAGAAGAACGGACCUUUGGAUGUAGCAGGAGCCGCACUGACAGCGGGUCAUGGCCUUCCAGCUAAGUUUGUCAUCCACUGUAACAGCCCAGGCUGGGGCUCAGACAAGUGUGAGGAGCUUCUGGAGAAAACGGUCAAGAACUGCCUGGCCCUGGCAGACGAAAAGAAGCUGAAGUCGGUGGCGUUCCCAUCAAUCGGCAGUGGCAGGAAUGGCUUUCCAAAACAAACUGCAGCCCAGCUAAUCCUGAAAGCCAUCUCCAGCUACUUUGUCUCCACCAUGUCCUCUUCAAUCAAGACAGUAUACUUUGUGCUGUUUGACAGCGAGAGUAUAGGGAUUUAUGUGCAGGAAAUGGCCAAGCUUGAUGCUAAUUAAGUCUCCCCCCCACACACACCUUCAUCUCAUUUUCCUACUUCUCAUUUUAUCCUUUUAUGAGCUUCACUGUAUCUGAAACCAUCACUGGUUUCACUUUUAUUUUAAUUUAUUCUUGGCAAAAAACUUGUCUUUUAAUUAUAACAUUUCCUAAUCAUGUUGUUGAACGCCAGAAUCUGGUUUUGAAUUCUGCACUGUCUCCCAGCUGUAUCAAUUGUUUGUCCUUUAGGUAUUCCUAGAUUUCUUUUAACUGAAAGGUAGAAUCGCAUUCCAACUGUUUGGAAUACUGUGAUCUUUUAUGUGGAAGGGAAAUGGCAGGUACAUUAUGUAUUUGUGCUGUGCUACUAUGUGUUGCGACCAUUGUUUUUCUUUUUCUUUUUUAAACAGGUGCUACAACCUUUUAUGUUUUUACUGUGUAUUCUUAAUGUUAGACAAGGAGUGUAUGUAAAAUGUUUUAGUAAAAUAUUGGAAAGUGGUA